GGCUGAGAGGAAAGCGUGGGGAUUGUGUUCUUUGACGUUGUCUCCGAUCAUCUUCUUUUAUUUUGCUACAUCAAACCAGUAUUUUUCUUAGUUUAAUACAGUUCUUAUCCGCCAUGUUCCCAUCUUGUUACUCCAAAUCGGACAAAGAGAGCGGAGGUAAGAGGAGCUCGGUGGCGAAGCUGCUGUUCGGGGUGUUUUUCGUGUACAUGCUCCACACCGCCUGGCUGCUGUACGGCUUCCUCAACACCAAACCCUGCGAGGGAGGCAGAGGAGAGACCUGCAUCACCUCCUACCUGGCAGCCAGACCGAGGCUACAGCUGAGCAUCUACACCUGCCUCGUGCCAGACAACAGCCAACUCAAUUUUGCCGUUAAAGUGGACCCCUUUGACCCUCACUCUUCAUUUGAGAGACAGGUGAACAUCUCUCUGUCAGAGGAGACGCGAGCCAAUGGGACUCUGUAUGCUGUUGUUUAUGUUCACAAAGUGGGUGUUUCACCUCUGGAGGACAGAAAAGAAGUCCACUAUGCAGCUCAGCUCACCACCUACUUGAUUCCUCCUCCCACAGAGGGCCAGAAGGGCACAAUGAAGAAGCCUGGAUUGGACCGUCCAGUGUCAUAUUGGAGGCCGCGCUUGUCGAUCACUAUGAUGUCAGAGGAGUUCAGCUUCAGCAAGGCGGGGCUUCCCAGUGAUGUACGCCGCUACAUGAGAGUCUCCCAGGACGCCAGACAGACAAUCUACCUCCCCCUGCUGCUGGUCAAUGAGCUCAGCUACAGCGUCAAAGACCUUGUGGAGAUCAGCAGCAGCAGCAUGAAGCUCCCUCUGACAGUGUCAUAUGAGGGACUGUCUUUGAGAAGAUUCAGGUUUUGGGUGCAUCUAAACGACAUAGUUUAUUCCCUGCGACAGUUUGGCUUCACUGAGGAGAACAUUGAUGAGAUUAAAGAAACUCUAGUGGGAUCCAACCUUUACCUUCUAGUGCUGACUGCACUCAUCACAGCUCUGCAACUCAUCUGUGAAUUUCUGGCUCUUAAAAAUGACAUCAGUUCAUGGAGUAAAAAGAAGAGCAUGGUGGGAAUGUCUCCGAAGUCAGUUCUGUGGCGUUGCCUUUGCACUUUGUUGAUUUUCCUGCAUCUGCUGGAGGAGACCAGUCUGCUGGUGCUUCUUCCUGUAGGACUGGGAGCGUGUGUGGAGGUGUGGAAGGUGUUUAAAGCAUUUAAGAUUCAGAUAAGCAAAAGGUUUCGUAUGAAAAAGUUGGAUGAAGAUGAGCGGAAGACAGUGGAGUACGAUGCACAGGCUUCCAGGUGCUUGUCCUAUCUGGUGUAUCCUCUGUGCAUCGGUGGGGCGGUUUUAUCGCUGGCCUACUUACGCCAGAGGAGUUACUAUUCAUGGUUGAUCAACAGCCUGGUUACUGGAGUAUAUGCAUUUGGCUUUUUGUCAAUGGCUCCUCAGCUCUUCAUCAAUCAUAAGCUGAAGUCCGUGAGUCACCUGCAGGGGACAGUGUUGAUGUACAGAGGAGUGAACACGCUGAUUUCAGAUCUGUGCUCCUGCGCCUCCCUUUUCUCCACCUCUGUGUCCUUCUCCUCCUCCCAUCAACUGGCCUGCUUCAGAGAUGAGCUCCUCUUCUUCCUCUAUCUCUACCAGCGAAGACUUUAUGGCUGCAAACCCAGAAGACGAGAAUCAGUUACCAAGAAAGUGAAGACUCAGUGAGAAGAAGAUAAGAACAUGUGUUCAAUAGCACAGGAAGCCAACUUCAUAAAACAGAUGAAAAUGAAUCAGCCUAAAAGAUGUGAAGCAGAGGCACGUCCAGAAAAUACACCUGGCAGCAUGAUGUGCGGCGGUGGCUGACUGAUCUCAGACCAGCGGACCAGCAUCAGACUCUCCUCUGCAGAACUGUAUCAUCAUGGAGCUGCUGCUUUUGGAUCCCCGUUGAUGAUCUUUCUUUUACCGCUGUGCACAGUGAGCUCAUUCAUCUACAGAUAAUUCCUGGUUACUUUUCAACAGUUACAUCAGCAUAAUCAAACUGCAUUUUGAGAUGUUUUUUUCUUUUUUGUAUGUUUUUUUUAUUAACUCGAUUCUGCCCGUUCUGCUCACAUGAAGGAGGUGGAGUUUUCUGGUGUAAAAGUAUGAAGGGUUAACAAAUAAGUCAUUGCACCUUACAGUAUGUCUUUGAUUUCUAUGAUGUCCCAAAGGCUUAAACACUGAUUCUCCAAUUCAUUUUCAAUUCAAUUCAGAAGGAGGAAUUAUUUUGAUUCUAAAUACUGUUUUCACAGCUUGAAUAUAUGCACGAAAUAUUUUACAUACUCGUUCUGGCAUUUCACUGAAGCUACUGAAGUCUGUCCAGACUCUUAUGUAUUCAUUUAAUUUUAGACCAUACUAAAGCAAAUGAAAAUUAACCAGAACUUCCUUCUUUUUUUACCCAAAUGGAACAAAACACAUUUUCUUUGGAAACCUUUCUGUACUUAAUCCUGACUUCAGUAUAAAAUAAUUUAUAAAAAAAGCAGAAGAUUGCAAACCACCAAAGAGAAGAACGGGUUUACAAUGCGAGGCCCCUUUUCUCUGAUUUUGUAGAUUAAAAAAAAAAAGACUGUGAAUGAAUGUGUAAAAUAUCAACUUUAUAGAGCCUGACAUUGAAAUGAUGUGAAUCUGCCUGAUUUUAAAAAUAUGUACAUUUAUUUUUUCUGCUUGCAAACCUCAAUAUGCCAUGAGAUAACAUGUUUUCUAAUAUUUGCUAUCAUUGAUAGUGUUUAUCAUGCUACAUUGUAAGUGGGAAGGCUGAGUUUGAUGUGUGAAUAAAGUAUUGUAUAUUCAAAGUGAAUAUAGAUGCAAAACAGCGGCAGACCAAAAACGACCCACUAUGACGGUGGAGAAGGGCAAGAACGAAGAUGUCGAAACAAACAGAUGGAAAAUGACGAUAAAUAGAUGCAGCUUCAUUGCAAAUAAGCAAAAAUGCAUCAUAUGUUGCCUUUUUCAUCUUUUUAGGAUGUAAGGGGAUGUUGGGGCAUAGCAGUCUACCAGUUAAGCUGCUUAGUUGAAAUAUCUGUUACGUUUUACUAAAAACACAAACACACCAGAUGGUAAGAAAAGCACAUAUCAACAGCAGACAAACACUAUCAAUGAUUUCCUAUUUGUUCUAUAUAUUUGUGUCGGUACUAAUGUUUGCCUCUUCUCUGUUUGAGUCAACUGCUGCAUCUUGAACCUUUUUUUUUCAAUUUCUUUCUUCAAAAUAAAAUACAUUUACAAACAUUAGUGUGUGAGUAUUAACAGUUAUGUGUAUGGACCCUUUACGUUGAAACAGCCUGACUUGUAUCUUGGUAUCUUUAUGCACAAAAGUAUAAAUAAAUAUCCUCUUUCU